CCCAUUGCCUUGUGGAAUAUUGCGCAUACAUACUCUUGAGUGUGCUGGUCUUCAUUAUGGAAAAGUAUACUCAGAAAGCUGUGGACGCUACCAAAAUAUUUACCACACAUAUGACAACCAAUGAACUGAAACGUGCUGUUACAAAAGCAACAUUGGAUGAAGAAGCAAAGCCCCGUCUCAAAGAUGUCAAAAAAAUCAUUCGUGCCACUUACUUGCGCCCUUCUUCAAGUAAUACAAAAUGCGGCCCUAGAAAGGUUCUGAAAUAUUUACAACAAAGACUGGAAGCAGCAGAAUAUGCGGUUGUUCUUCGUGCACUUUUGGUAUGUCACAUCCUCCUCGACGAAGGUAGCAAGAGCUUCGUGGAUUUGUUGUUGCACUCUGCUGUUACUUUCAACCUUCCUUAUUUGAGAGAUCACGUUUCAGAAUAUGCACAGUACACUAAAGCUUUUGCGAGAUAUCUACAAGAGAAGAUAAUUACCGUUCGUACUUUGGGUAUGAGCUAUGACACUAUACCAGACCCUUCCAAAAAGUCAAGGCAACAAUUGUAUGAAGUAGUUCCCGAAGAUGAUGAUGCGCAAGAACUUUAUGGGGAUGUAAAUCGUUUGGAAAUGACCGAACUUUUACAAGUACUCCCAGUAGUAGAAACACAGACCGAAAGUCUUAUUGCCGUGAGACUGAGUUCCGAUGCUGCGUACAACGACUUGACAGUCGGUGUUCUUGAAAGACUUGUAAAAGAUAUGCUUCCCUUGAUGAAACAAUUGAAUGAUGGAAUGGGAAAGAUUUUGGAGGAUUUUUUCACCUUGUCUAAAUCGGAAUGUGAGCAAAGUCUCAAGUUGUAUGAACGAUACAUAGAGCUUGUGCACGGAGCAGAGCGUUUGUUAGGAAUCGCUAGAAGGCUUGGUGCUAGCGAAACGCAGUCUUCUAUUGAACACGUUGCACUUGAUUAUAUUUCGGGAAUGAAAGAGCACGUGAACACUUUAAAAGAGUCCAAGGGAGACAAGACCAGCGACAUUAUACCCGAAAGUAAAGACAAGUUGAAUCCGAACAAGGAGAAUUAUGAUGAAGCUGCUGCAGUGGCUGCAGCUAUUAGAGAGUCGUUAAAGACUGGCAAAUCUUCCGAAAUGAUUACUUUUGAUGAUGAUGAUAGUGAUGAUGAUGCUAAUACAGAGUCACAUUCGACGGAAGCUUCAGAUGAUGAACAGAGUGACAGUACAAAAGAGUUGGAUGACUUUUUUGGUUUAUUUAAAGGACCUGAGAAGAAAUCAAAUAGUGGCGGUGGUGAUUCUAAAGACAAGUCAAAAACUCCCGAGAAAUCCGACAAGAAAAAGAAGAAGAAAAAGUCCACCUCAGGAGAACAUGAUGACCUUUUAGACCUCUUUUCGGAUGCUUCCAUAUCGAGGCCGUCUCAAGGGAAUUUCGGGUAUCCUCCUCCUCCUCCUCCUUCUUCUUCUUCUUUUGCAGGAGGUGGUUACUAUCCUCCUUCGUUUAUGUCUCCCAUGGGAGGAGCAGGUUAUAAUCCUUCGAUGGCUGAACAAAGACAAGUGUAUGGAAAUCCCUUUGAAGAGCCUCAGAAUAAUCCGUUUUCUUCACCAUAUGGAGUGGAAGGAGGAAAUCCUUAUGAUCCUCAUAUGCCUCCGCCUGCUGCCUAUUAUUCCACUCCUUCUUAUGCUCAUCCAUCUUAUUAUUCGCCUUCAUCUUAUCCUCCACCACCUGUAACUUCACAUUCGAUGACUUCCACGCCUUGGAAUCAUCCUAUGGAACCAUCUUAUCCUCCACCACCAACAGCGUAUGGAGAUAGAGCUGCUCCUUAUUAUUAUCAACCUUAUGAAAUGCAAGGAGGUGCAGUUCCUGAAAGAUGGGCACAACAACCACCACCAACUAUGGCAAUGGAAGGUCCUUAUGCUGCACAACAAACUCCAUUUGAUGAAGAAACUAGUAAUGAAGAACCUUUUGAUGAGCUCAAUCCAUUUACAGAAGAGUCUCAUGGAUAAAGAAUUGUUUUGUUUUCAAGCUCAAAACAUACACAAUUUGUGUGUCAUUUAUAUAGAACAAUUGUUUCAUUCCCCAUUAGAUUCACCACAUC